AUGGACUCAACAUCACCCGAAGAUCAGAUUCCUUUGCCUGGACAAUGGCCAGUUGACCCUCAGGAGGAUGUGCCAAUCUCGGAGGAUCGACUUUGGGUUGAUGGAUGCUUCGACUUCAGCCAUCACGGUCAUGCCGGUGCUAUGCUCCAGGCCCGUCGGCUGGGAAAGGAACUUUACGUGGGGAUACACUCUGACCAAGCAAUCCUCGAAAACAAAGGCCCGACAGUGAUGUCACUUGAAGAACGUGUCGCAGCUGUCGAUGCGUGUCGUUGGGCUACUCAGAGCGUUCCAUAUGCCCCCUACGUGACCUAUCUACCCUGGGUAUCCCAUUACGGAUGUAAAUACGUUGUUCAUGGAGACGAUAUCACCUCUGACAGUGAUGGAAAUGAUUGCUAUCGAUUUGUCAAGGCCGCUGACCGAUUCCGUGUCGUCAAAAGGACCCCUGGGAUAUCGACUACGGACCUUGUUGGCCGUAUGUUGUUGUGCACCAGGAACCAUUUCGUUAAAUCCGUCAAGGGUUCUCUCGCUGGAGAAGAAGGAUUUGGGAGCCCCGAAGAGCGCAAAAAUUCCGCUACGGAUCUUCUACAGAGGAUUAAGGAUUAUGCGACAGAUGAGAGCGGCUUGCAGCCUGGUCCUCAAGUUUGGACAUGGACUGGUUCAGGCACUGCCAAAAUGGACCACGUGGUUGAGGAGCCUGGCCUUUUCGAGACGCUGGUCGAUGGAAAGGGUCCCAAGCCCGGACAGCGCAUUGUUUACGUUGACGGAGGCUUCGAUCUCUUCUCGUCGGGUCAUAUUGCGUUCUUACGCAAAGUUAUGGAGCUUGAAGAAAAGCUUGGCCACGAAAAUGGCUGGUAUGAGCCAGAACAGACCGAAAAGAGGUUGAAGGACUUCAACGAAGACUACUCCCCCGCCUAUAUUGUUGCAGGUAUCCAUGAUGACGAUGUGAUUAACCACUGGAAGGGCUUGAACUACCCAAUCAUGAACAUUUUUGAGCGCGGUCUCUGCGUACUUCAAUGCCGCUACAUCCAUGCUGUCAUUUUUUCUGCACCUUUCACACCCAGCGAACCAUACCUGAAGGCAAUUCCAUGGGGCACUCCCGACGCUGUCUACCAUGGGCCUACAACAUUUAUCCCGUUGACAUAUGACCCAUACACUGCCCCCAAGCAAAUGGGAAUUUUCCGAGAAGCUGAGCAGCAUGCCUUCCAGCACGUCAACGCUGGCGAGAUCGUUGGCCGGAUUUUGAAAAGCCGAGAAGCCUAUGAGGCCCGGCAACGUGCCAAGCUGGAUAAAGGUGUUGCUGAGGAUUUGGUCAAGUCGAGAGAAGAAGCAGAGCAAGCCUUGCAAUAG